AUGGAUAUGACUGUGAAAGAGGGGUCGGCGCAAAGGAAAUCAGGAUACAGUGUCGCGGUCAUCGGAAGUAUGACCCAACCUGUGAUGGACGGUGGUGCUGGUGGAUCCAAGGAUUUAUCUCGCCGUAAAGAUACCAAUACAAAGAGCUUUGUGAGGAAGAAAACUAUGGUUGAGAUGCUCCCUUUCUGGGAUGAUGAUGAUGUAAAAGAUGCAAAGGUUGAGAACAUUUUCAAUGUUGUGUUUGAUAGAGGCUGGAUGUGGGAAAAUAGUCACUGGCCAGUUGUUGGUGUUAAUGUCUCCAAGAAUCUGAAUGAAGAAUCACGUUAUGUGAAGUCUGAAAUAGGAUAUGUGAAGUUUGAAAAUCUCAGCCUUUACAUGCAUGGAGAAAGCCGGAAGAGGUCUCGUACUGUUGAAGAAGAUUCAGUGUCAUUGAUUAAAGGCCCUGUUGUUGAUAAGGUGGCAACUAUUGAGAAGUCCAUAGUGGCUGUGAAAGGUGGAGAGAAAGUGGCUUUGAAAGAUGGAGAAUAA